GAUCACAUCAUGACUCUGACGAAGAUUGUGGUCCUCCUGGCUUUAACAGUGUUGUCCAUUGUCAAAGGAGAAAAGACUACAGCAGAAAUUGAGAAAUAUCUAUGUAAGUAUGGAUACCUGACAGAGAACUGCAACAACCCAAACCAACUGGCGAGGGCCGAAAGUAGGGAAUACGCAAUAAAGUGGUGGCAGAUGUUCAGCAAUCUGCCGGUGACGGGGGUUAUCGGACCUGAUGACGAGGAACUAAUGAACAAGAGACGCUGCGCAUGUGAAGACGUUAUGGCAAAGGAUGAAGUCAUGAACCCUGAACUUCAACCCCAACAAUUUAACCUUGGUCCAAAAUGGAGAAAAACAACCCUGACUUGGAGGGUAACGAAAUUUUCUAAUCAGCUGGAUCCUGGGAAAACACGCUCUGAGAUCACAAGAGCGCUGAGGUAUUGGUCUGACGUCACGCCUCUUCGAUUUUACGAAACGUCUGGCGAUACCGACAUCACGAUUUCUUUUGAGAUUCGUAACCACGGAGAUGGUGCCGCUAACGCCUUUGAUGGCCCAAGUAGAGUACUUGCACAUGCAUUUUUCCCGUCAAAUGGUCGAGUCCACUUUGAUGAAGAGGAAUCCUGGGGCUUCGGCGAUGAAGUAGGAAACUCAAAGACUGACUUUUUCACGGUAGCAGUUCACGAAUUUGGCCAUACCUUGGGAUUGUUCCAUUCCGAUAUUCAGGGUGCUCUCAUGUUUCCGUACUAUGCGGGGUACAAUGCUAGCUUCCGGCUGCACGAGGACGAUAUCGAUGGCAUCCAGAGCUUGUAUGGUCCUAGCCCACGAACUCCGCCCACCACCCCCAGACGUCUGACGACAUUCCGUCCAACCACACAAGCCCCUAGGCCCCGCAUCACUUCAACUCCCCGACCCCGCAUCACUCCGGCGCCAACUGUUAGACCUACCCGAACCCCUACCUUGCCGUCCAUUUGUAACGUCAAUCUGAGAGCCAUGAUCAGGGAUUUUGAUGGCACACUGUUUGCGUUUGUGGACUCUCAUAAUGUAAUGAGGAUAACUGAAAGGGGUUUAUUAGAUCGCUUCCGGGUCAGUAAUCUCUUCCGGCGAGCUCCCUGGAAUACAGAGGCUGCAUACAAUAUCCCCAGUCUUGGUCGAACAUAUUUUAUGAGAGGUCAAAGAAUUUGGGAGUUUGACCGAAUGAGGAAUCGCAUGGCUACUAUAUUGGUUCAGGGAGGACCAAGAUCUAUGCCAGAAAGACCACGGGCUGCGAUAUCCACGUCUGCUUCAGGAAAUGAUAUAGAAGUGUUUGGAAGUGGUAUAAUGUGGAGAAUGAAGAUGAAUGGGGAAGUCGUACCUGGAUCACACCGCUACAUCCGGAAUGUGUAUAAUGGGGUUCCGGAAGAAAUAGACGCUGCCGUUCGGUGGGAUUCUAACACAAUAUAUUUUUUCAAAGACAAUAGAUUCUACAAAUACGACACACGCCGACGGCGCAUGGUUUUGGAGGGAGAUUUUGGCCCUGCCUUUCUUAAAGGUCAAUGUGGAAACGCCCCGAGAUAAAUCCAGUUCACACAAUUUGGUGGAUCUUACACAGUGAAAAGGGAUAACAAUCAAAUAAAAUCUUGAAUCAAAAUGAACAAUUUUGUUCUAAAACUAUUGUUAUAUUGCUUACAUUUUCUGUGUCUUAAUUUAUUAAAUGUUGUUUUGAUAUGGU